UAAACGAAAGCCUAGUAUCAGUCGUGUUGCGCAGCGAGCUCACUGCGAUUUAACGGGUGUUUGUAUCGAAGAAGUUUACCGUGCAGUUAAAAAAUGAGACGUGAACUCUUCUUGGUAAUCUUUAUGUCUGCAGUGACCCAGUUUGGAGCUCUUGAAGGGCUGGCACCGCAGCCAGUGCUGACCCUGCAGGCUGGCUGGCCGGAGAUAUUCGUGGGGGAGAGCGUCACUCUGAGGUGUGAGAUUGCGAGGCAGGCUGGGGGCUGGAGGUACAGCUGGUACCGAGAUGGGAUUCCUGUGCGUGAGACGUACUCUGACCGGCUGGACGGUGCCAACUACACAAUAAGAGAUGCUUCUCGUUACCACAGCGGAGACUACACCUGUCGAGUGGACAGUAGCUCCUCACCAGCCCACCAGUCACUGUGCAGUGACCCUGUCAAGAUACUGGUUUCCAUCGGGCUGGUGAUCCUGCAGGCUCCCCUGAUGCCCCUCACUCGGGGAGAGGGGGUGACCUUGCAAUGUCGUGUCCGGGGAAACCCCUCCCUCUCUCAGGUGCUCUUCUACAAGGAUGACAAAGUGAUUGCCGCUCAGGCCAGCCCCGUGCUGACCAUGGCCCGCCUCACAGAGGGAGACGAGGGCAACUAUUGGUGCAGAUCCACCUGGGGGAGGCAGUGGAGAUGGCGCUCCGCCCGCUCCCUGGAGGUCCCGCUCUCAGUCACAGUUAUGUCUGCAGUGACCCAGUUUGGAGCUCUUGAAGGUACUAUGCAAUCAUUUCAAAGAAUACUCUCUGGAGGAAUGUCAGAAUAUGGUUCAUCACCCAGUACACAGUGUGGUGCAGGGCUGGCACCGCAGCCAGUGCUGACCCUGCAGGCUGGCUGGCCGGAGAUAUUCGUGGGGGAGAGCGUCACUCUGAGGUGUGAGAUUGCGAGGCAGGCUGGGGGCUGGAGGUACAGCUGGUACCGAGAUGGGAUUCCUGUGCGUGAGACGUACUCUGACCGGCUGGACGGUGCCAACUACACAAUAAGAGAUGCUUCUCGUUACCACAGCGGAGACUACACCUGUCGAGUGGACAGGAGCUCCUCACCAGCCCGCCAGUCACUGUGCAGUGACCCUGUCAAGAUACUGGUUUCCACCGGGCUGGUGAUCCUGCAGGCUCCCCUGAUGCCCCUCACUCGGGGAGAGGGGGUGACCUUGCAAUGUCGUGUCCGGGGAAACCCCUCCCUCUCUCAGGUGCUCUUCUACAAGGAUGACAAAGUGAUUGCCGCUCAGGCCAGCCCCGUGCUGACCAUGGCCCGCCUCACAGAGGGAGACGAGGGCAGCUAUUGGUGCAGAGCGACCUGGGGGAGGCAGUGGAGAUGGCGCUCCGCCCGCUCCCUGGAGGUCCCGCUCUCAGUCACAGAUCCUGUAGAGGAGGACUAUGAGAGCGGCUACAGACCUGGACCUACUGACUUCUCUACUGCACACUCUAUUCACACUGACCACUCCCUCCCAGACUCCCCCAGUCUCUCUCACCCCUCUCUCCCGGAUACCUCUAUUCACACUGACCACUCCCUCCCAGAUUCCCCCAGUCUCUCUCACCACUCACUCCCCGAUACCUCUAAUCCUACUGCCCACUCCCUCCCAGACUCCCCCAGUCUCUCUCACCCCUCUCUCCCUGAUACCUCUAAUCCUACUGCCCACUCCCUCCCAGACUCCCCCAGUCUCUCUCACCCCUCUCUCCCUGAUACCUCUAAUCCUACUGCCCGCUCCCUCCCAAACUCCCCCAGUCUCUCUCACCCCUCUCUCCCUGAUACCUCUAAUCCUACUGCCCACUCCCUCCCAGACUCCCCCAGUCUCUCUCACCCCUCUCUCCCGGAUACCUCUAAUCCUACUGCCCACUCCCUCCCAGACUCCCCCAGUCUCUCUCACCCCUCUCUCCCGGAUACCUCUAAUCCUACUGCCCGCUCCCUCCCAGACUCCCCCAGUCUCUCUCACCCCUCUCUCCCUGAUACCUCUAAUCCUACUGCCCACUCCCUCCCAGACUCCCCCAGUCUCUCUCACCCCUCUCUCCCUGAUACCUCUAAUCCUACUGCCCACUCCCUUCCAGACUCCCCCAGUCUCUCUCACCCCUCUCUCCCGGAUACCUCUAUUCACACUGACUACUCCCUCCCAGACUCCCCCAGUUUCUCUCACCCCUCUCUCCCGGAUACCUCUAUUCACACUGACCACUCCCUCCCAGACUCCCCCAGUCUCUCUCACCCCUCUCUCCCGGAUACCUCUAUUCACACUGACCACUCUAUCUCAGUCACUGCAGAUCCAAUCACUUCUAAUCACUCACACCUCUCUCUCCUUAACACUGUCAGCCCCUCAGACCAGCCCCUCUCAGAUACUCCACACCCGACCGCUCCUGUUCAAACUGAACUGGACACAGACUGGAGUAGCCAGAUGACUUCGGACUCCACUGUAUAAACAAGCUUUGCUAAUGAGCAAGGAAAGGGUUGGGGCAUCUUCAUUAUUUCUCAUAUAUCUUUUUUUUAUUACAUUAGUAUCAUUACGUCAUUCUCUCAAGUGCAUGCUUGUUUUGCUGUUCAGACAUUUGCGUUUAUUCUGCACAUUAAAAACUCCUUUGUGUCAGGUGGGAGCUCUUUAGCUGUAACACAGGAAGGAAUAGACUAGGAGGAGGACACAAAGUCCUGUCAUCAGACCCACAGUGCUGUGCCUGGAUACAAGGGCUUCAUCCGAGUCAUAGAGGAAAGAGCAGCAGCAAGACAAUAAGGGGCUUCAGAGAUUGUUGAUAUAUGUAUGCCUAUUUUUAUUUCAAUUUCAACUUAGGAGACUGAAACUAUGUAUUAAGUUAUCCCAGGGUAGUCUCUCUAUAAUGUUACUUAAGCCUGAAAGAGUUAAAGCCUUGAACAAUUUAAACCUACCAGUGACAAUAGCCAUUUUUUUCUUUUUUUGAAUGUCCUUGUUGUUAUAGUCUAUAUCCAGCAGAUGGCAGUCUAGUGUACUUAAUUAAGAGAAGGGGCAUGAAUCCAGAGAUUGGUUGUUCAAAAAUAUAUUUGUAAUCAUUUUAUAAUGUUUAUUAAUAAAGCUUUUAAUCAUUUA